AUGAAUCUUCAACUUUUCUUAUGUUUAAGUUUAACAUUAAGUAUUGAAGUCUUGGGCAAGAAAAGCCGAAUCAUUGGCGGAGAAAGCGCUGACAUUGAAGAAUUUCCAUUCAUGAUUUCGCUAAGAUUAGUUGAUAAUAAUCGACAUAUUUGCGGUGGCACGAUACUCACUGAACGACAUAUUUUAACAGCAGCUCAUUGUUUAACUGGGAUUUCAAAUAUCCAUACUGCAUUAAAAGUCCAAGCAGGAUCCACCUAUUUAUCAUCCAACAAUGCAACGAUUUACAAUGUCUCGUGCGCCUACAUUCAUCCACUAUUUACCGGAAAAAUAUCGCUUACAUCGCAAAUGCAACACGACAUUGCAAUUAUUCUGCUCGGGCAGCUCAUCAACUUUAAUGACGUACAAAAUAAGGUGGAACUUCCUACGGAAGACGUUAAACAUGGCUCGAGUGCCGAAUUCAUCGGAUGGGGAGCACUAUUUUAUCCACCGCGUUCGCUUUCCGAUCAGCUUCAGAAAACUCCAAUGUCAAUUAUCACAUACGUUCAAUGUUCUCGAUAUAUACGAUAUUAUUUGCGGAAGGAGCAGUUUUGCGGAUUCGAAGAUAAGGGAAUCGGAGCUUGCAUGGGUGACAGUGGCGGACCAUUGGUCAUCAACGGCAAAAUAAUUGGUAUCAAUUCUUAUGUUUUCCCAUGCGCUUUAGGCUUACCUGAUGUAUAUAUAAACGUUUAUUCAUAUUUGCGAUUCAUUCGUCAAAUCAUCGCCAGAGAUCAAUGCUCGUAAGCUUUAUUUAUUGAAAAUAUUACAAACACGCCCACUCAUACACGCCCAGGCGCAAGCAUUCACGCACAAUAUGUUCUUAAUAUAGGAAAUUGAUGUAAAA